AUGGACGAAAACAAAAUAAUCGACCAGUUGUUCAGUAAGGAAUACACACCGCAAGAUGACUCCGAGCAAGCCAAAAAUGGAGAUGUGUCGUUAUAUGGGUUAUUAGAUGAAGUAGCGAACGGUAGGCGGUUGAUGAACUGUUUGUUUCAUUCACCUAUGCAAAUGGGGAAUAAAUUGAGUACCGACAAACUUGAUGGGAAAUGUCGGCAAAUACAAAGAGAUUGGAUUGAUGAGGAAAAAACCAUAACUAUGAAUUCUGGCGCUUUACAGCUGGAUGGGCCAGUUCUAUUUUCCUGGAGUCAUAAUGUAGCACCUACUUCUCAUCAAGAAACUAUAAAUACAACCUUCAAGCAGGGCUCUCCGAGCAGAGGAAGCAACAAGCCCAAAAUUACUACUACCAGUCAGUUAUUUGAUAGAGCUUCUGCUGAGAUUGAUAAGUGUAUAAAGCCCAAUAGCAAAAGUUGGAUGGUGGAAGAAAGAUUUGAGAGAAAUGAGGCACAUACAGCUGAUGGCAAGAAACCUUCUACGUGGGCUAAUUCCGAUUUCAAAGUGGACCCGCUACAGAAAUUCGUUGUUAAGGAAUUGCCCAAAGAAAAGAAGAAAUCAGACGGUGAUAAGACAAAGAAAAAUAAGUCGAAAAGGAAGAGUUUUUUUGGAUUUUGGGGCCAUUCUGGUUCUAAAUCAGGUUCAAAAAAGAAAUCCGAAAAGCCUAUAGAGGCCAAAAAUGAAAUUCAGGAUGAGGUAAGCCAAAAAUCUGGCCUAUCACCUGACGAUGAUACAACUUUCAGUGAUAAAAAUACCAUCCAAUCAAAGCAAGAGAGUAUGAGUGAUCAACAAGCUGAACCCAAAGUACACGAGCCCGCAGUUACUAACACUGGAUGCAGUGAACAUGAUGAUGGUGAUGGAUUUGAACAGGUACCUGCACAAUCUAGUUAUCAUCCAUCCAGCGAGCCCAGCAUUGCCAGCACUCCUUCAUUAACUCUAGAUUCAUUCAUCCCAUUACAACCAAAGAAGAAAAUAUAA